UACAAAUACAACAUUUGCUGCAGUGAUAAGAGCUGUCUGGCAAUACAUUGCGAUAAAGCAGGAAUGCAUAAAAAUGCUUGUUGUAAAGUUGCUAUCAAUUCGUUAUUUUCGGAUAGCCAUUAUAUUUACUGUUGCUGUGCUGGUAUACAUUGUCCUUAGUUUUUGGGAAUUUAACACUGUAAAGAAAGAAUUAAAGACAAUUCUACCGGUAGGCAUGUGUUCAGUUACACGACAAUCUCCGACGAAAACCAUACAUCGCAUGCGAAUCCUGUGUAUUAUCUUGACUUCCGGUGAAUCCCAAGAUAAAAUGAACGCAGUUAAUGGGACUUGGAGUAAACGGUGCGACAAAAAGCUAUUCGUGUACUCCAGCGCAAUCGAGUCUCCGUUGUCUCCGUACACAAUUCAUCUUCCAGUCCCUGAAAGUUACGAACACCUAACUGGUAAAGUGAGGAAAACUUUAGAGUUCGUAUACCAGCAAUGUAACGACUCGUUUGAUUGGAUACUAAAGUGUGAUGACGACACUUUCAUCGUUAUGGACAAUCUACGUCAUAUGUUAGCAGGCUUGGAUCCACAAAAGCCCGCAUAUCUAGGAUUCCGUUUAAAUCCAGCAUUUGGAAAAUAUGAUGAAUAUGUGCCGCGCGGAUAUAUGAGCGGUGGAGCAGGUUACGUCAUAAAUUCUCGUGCACUCCAUGACGUAGUCAACACUGGUUUCAAGAGAGGCGCGUGCAGAGAAGAUGGCGGCGAUGAAGAUGUGGAAAUGGGCAAAUGCUUGGAUGCAGCCGGCGUACCUAUGCAUUCAACGCUGGAUUCGGAGGGAAAGGAAACUUUCCACCUUCAAAGUUUACACUAUCACCUCACACUCAAGAACGAAACUGUAUUGCAACAACCACCAAAAGACGCGCUCAACAGCGGACCUUGGGGAGAGAAGUGUUGCAGUAACUACCCAGUGUCCUUUCACUACGUCAAGCCUGUCGAGAUGUACAUGUUUGAAUAUCUCCUCUACAAUGCCAGUGUUCAUAUGAGCGACAACAGAGACUCGGGGCAUUUAUAGUAUUGACUUGUAUAUAAACGUUCAAUUGUUUUGUAAAAGUAUUAAAUAUUAAUCAGAAA